AUGGCUUUGCCUUCGUGCCUAAAGACUACUGGAGUUCCGAUGUCUCCGACCACCGGAUUUAAUCUUUCCGGCAGCCUCUUGAAGUCGGAAAGUGGCUUCGCCGUUCCGACAAAGUUAAAGAGCGUUGGAAAAGUCGAUCGAGAAAGAUUGAGAAUCCAAGCCGUUUUCAGCUUUCCUCCGGCGUUUCUGACCAGAAACGGUCGAGCCGAGAAGCAGAAACAGCUGAAGCAAAACCUUCUCGAAGCCAUUGAGCCUCUCGAACGUGGCGCCGCCGCCUCGCCUGAUGAUCAGCUCCGGAUUGAUCAGUUAGCUCGUAAAGUGGAAGCAGUGAAUCCCACCAAGGAGCCUCUGAAAUCUGAUUUAGUCAAUGGGAAAUGGGAGCUCAUUUACACUACCUCUGCUUCCAUUUUGCAGGCAAAGAAACCAAGGUUCUUAAGAUCAAUAACAAACUACCAAUCUAUCAAUGUGGAUACGUUAAAGGUUCAAAACAUGGAGACUUGGCCUUUCUACAACUCGGUAACUGGAGACUUGACACCCCUCAAUUCGAAGAAGGUCGCUGUGAAACUCCAAGUGUUUAAAAUUCUCGGCUUUAUUCCUGUAAAAGCGCCUGAUAACGCACGUGGUGAGCUGGAGAUUACCUAUGUGGAUGAGGAACUACGGUUGUCAAGGGGUGACAAGGGAAACUUGUUUAUAUUGAAGAUGUUCGAUCCAACUUAUCGAAUCCCUCUCUGA